CUACACUAAAGUUGAAGGAGACACUUCGCAAAAUUAGCUCAAUCAUGUCAUAUUAACUAUUAAUAAUGUUCUUCGGGAAUUGGAAUCUUGGUUGCUUGGAACUGCCUGUUUCCACGAAGUGUCGGUGGCAAUAUUUGGCAAAGGCAAAACCACCAAUAUUGCUUUGUACUCACAAGAGAGAAACAAACGAAGGUAAUCGUCAAUUGUUUAGUUCAAAUUCAAACAAACGAAGUACUGAAUUUGGUGAAAAUAUCAGCUUCGAGUUGUUUACUUUUACUGGGUAAUCACUGAAUCUUUUUAUCACUAAAUUUGCACCACUCUACAGAGUUAUAAUUUAAGUAUAUAGCAGAGACAAAACAGGAUGUAGCAAAUGGAAUUGUGUGGGAUUAAGUGUAAGUAGUUUUUGUUUCUCUUCUUCUGGGUUGAUUCUUUUUUAUUUUUCUUUUUUUUCCACCUUCCAUGGUGGCCAGAAGAAGGGCCAGGAACCCUCGUGCAUCAAUCCAUAUUUGUCGCCUUCUUUUCUCUCUCAUUGUUAUUAUUUUACUGUAGAUAUCAUAAUCGCAACCCAAAACACCACCUUGUUUAACACUCAAUAUAUACUACUACUGUCCCUUAGCUGCCAAUUACUAAUAUUUGUCUUCCUUGGAUCUAUCUGGGCUUGCUUUACUUUUUUUCUUUUAUUAAGGGAAGCUGGCAAUUAGAAGAUGACUAUUGCUUGUUGAGUAGUUGGCUUUUCGUUUGGUUGGGCAGGAGAGCUUACAAGAACUUUUGAUGACUUAGAUGAGGACCUGUAAUGAUCAAUUGCUGUUGGGUUGAGAGUUCUCAGAAAAUUUGAAAUUUGAUGAGUCUGUUAUUUUUCUUCAUUGUGUACCAUUUUACACCGUUAAAAAAGAGAUAGUAACGAAAUUGGACUUUGGAAGUUUGACAAUUGGAAUUUUGAAGAAUUCUUUCAUUAGAGCACUAUCAUUUCUGAAAAUGGAUCAGAAUCCUUCUGUGAAUGAUGAUAUUGAGAGCUGCAGGAUUAGAACCAUGAAUGAAGAACAGGAAGAACUCUCUUCUUCUGCACCCGUUUCUUGUGUUGGAUUAGUCCAGUUUGAUGUGCCUGUUCAAGGGAAAACUUUAGAUGAUUUUGCUGGAAAUGUGCAAGUUGUGAUCGAUACACUGGACAACAAGGUGGAGCCUGUGGUGGAGAACAAGAAGAAAACGGAUCAUAGUGAGAGGCGUAAGUCGUCGGGCAGCGCUAAGAAGCCUCCGAAACCGCCUCGGCCACCUCGAGGCAUGUCACUUGAUGCGGCUGAUCAGAAGCUGAUGAGGGAGCUGCAUGAAAUUGCUAUGUUGAAACGUGCAAGGAUCGAAAGGAUGAAGGCAUUGAAGAAAAUGAAAGCUGCUGCAAAAGCGCCAUCAACUUCAUCCAAUGGCGGAAGCUUGUUCGCCAUGCUCUGUACUGCACUCUUCUGUAUUGUUAUUAUAUGUCAAGGUUAGUUUCCUUACUUGUUUUUGCAUGACUCUUGAUGUUUUACUUUCAAUGGAUCAACACUUAAUAGCAGGUCUUACGGGUUACUUGGCUAACUCUGAAUCGCGCUGUUUGGUGCCUACUUUUUAUCCUUUGGGAUUUAGGUUUUGGAUGUAGAAUUCAGAAUGGCCCUCUUACAUCAUUGCAGAAAUAUGUAGUUUGUCUCUCAUCCAUGAUCAAUGUAUUAAUCUUUCUAAGCUUAUGUUGCUAAUUAUUGGCAAUUGCUUACAGUUCAAUUUAUUUCCUCCACCAAUUAAGGCUAAAUGUGAUCUUUAGUUUAUAUAGAUGCAGCUACAUUUCUUUGCAUUACUUAUCAAUAAGAAACUAGUGGCAAAAAAGUGAAAUCUGAUGUGCAUAUUAUCGUCUGUGCAUAUACCAAUGCUCAAUUUUUCCUCAAUGAAAGCACAUCGUUUUUUGCAGGGAUGUCAUCUGGAAGCAAUACAGCAGUGAGCUUCAAUGGUUCUCUGGCUCCGGCUGAAGCGAUGGAAACUAGCUAUGUCAUGUUGGAAAACCAGAUCAAUAUUUCUUUUGCCAGUCCUAGCAAUUCCUCAGAGUCAUUGCCUCCUGAGUAUGUUCAUUCUGACUACUGUGAUCUGCAAACAUAAUGUUGUUGUUUUUCCUUUUUUAAAGAAAAACUUUAUAAGCUCGCUAUAUCAUUAUGCUUACUCUUGUUCACGCAGUUUAUUGGAUAAGAUUCCUGUUUCCUCGGGUACUGAGAAUGUCAAGGAUCGAGCCAAUGCCUGAAAAGUGGUGGGUGUAAAGUACUCGAGAGAGCAAGGACCUAGUCUGUUGUGCAGUGCCCUGGUUGCAUAUGGUAUUAUUAGCCUGUGUGCUUAGAAAGAUGGAUCACCGACCAACAGGCCGACACCAAACCGACCCGACAGUUCAACCUGGAGAACCCAGACAUUGCUUUUAUAGGACUUCUUCUUUCUGCAUCGAUCCUAUGCAUGCGGUGUUAAUUAUGUGCAGUACUUGGGGGCUGCAUACAAGGGGCUACUGCCUCUUUACUGUUUAGGCAGAAAAAUGUACAGCUAGGUUUUUUGUUGUGUUGUUACAAUUUUGGUGAUGAUGUUUUAGGUUUCAGUUAUGAGGUGAGGUGUUUUCCAAAGGGUUUGAGAUAGUUUUGUUUUUGGUUAAGGUGUAUAAAUGUGUAUCUGCAAUCUGGUGCUAGCUGACUAUUACUGGGAUUAGCAGCAGCAGCAAGAAUUGGAAUGGGCUACAGACUGAUUCAGCAUCCCUUUCUCCCUCUGUUGUUUGUGCACUUCAUCUUAAGAUUUCAUUCAUUUCCCAAAUAAAUAUUGCGGGUUUUUUUUCUUUUUUUGGUUGGUUUGAUCAGGGAGACACGAGUAAAUUUCGUUGAUGGAUGACUCAAGAAUUGUGAUUUGAUGAUGAUGAUGAUGAUGAUCUAUUAUAUCUACCAAUCAAGGCAUUAUGAACUGGUUGACUUAUUCUUGGGGGGUGACAAUCAUGUGGGAUGGGGAUGUAAAAGAUUUGUAAUGACUCAGCCGUGAUUUGUUGAAUAAUAUUCAUUUGGGCUACUCAACUGCUGUGAUCUAAACGAACUGAGUAACAUUUGUGAAAGUUCCUUUUGUGUGUUUUAGGCCGAGUAAGAGGAAACGUAAAUUGGAUGUGUUAGGUGUUCAGUGUUGGAGUUUUAGGCAGAUAUACUAUGUAGUUUCAAAGUAAUCCUAAC